AUGCUGCCCUACCUGUUUCCUGAGCUGUCCACCUUUGCCAUGGUCGCCGAUCUCAUCACCCACCUUCGCACUAGUGACACUCGCCUUCGCGCCGCCCUCCCCACACAUUUCUGUACUACGAACCCGCCUCCGAUGUACUGGUCCCUCCACUUCAUAGUUACCCGCCUCCCUGACUCUCUGCGCUCAGUCAGAGACUAUUUUCUUGCUCGCAGUCCCACCGACCUCAUUGUAGACCUCCUAGAGGAGUGCCUCCUUGCAGCAGAGAAGAGCAUUGUUGCUGUAGGUGCUGCUCGCGGCGCUCCUCGCACCCCCAUCUUUGAGGGGUGCUCUCCCUCUCCCCUCGCCCCCUCCUUCGCUACUGCUGCUGCUGUUGUCUUCCAUGGUGCUGAGUAUGCUGGUGCUGCUUCUGCUCCUAGUGGGAGGCGCCGCAACGGCAAGGGCAAGGGAGCCAAGGGCAGUGGAGGUGGCCUCGGGGGGGGUGGUGGUGGAGGAGGUGGAGGAGGAGGAGGUGGCGGAGGGCCUGGUGGCGGGAGUGCUGGCGGGAGUGGUAGCGGCGGUGGAGGCAGUGGCGGCGGGGGGGGGGGGGGGGGUGGCGGCGGCGGUGGCGGUCGGGGUGGAGGCACUGGCGCUGGCCAGAGCCAGCAGCAGCAGCAGCGUCCCCAGACGUCUCAGCAGCUUCGUGAGUGGUUAGCUCAGCGUCGGAAGUCUGGGGGUGGUGGUCGCUACCCAUAUGUCAUUCGUACAGGUGACCGUAAGGGUCAGACGUGCAACAAGCUUCACACCCAGUACCGCUGCUUCUCCCGCCUUGAUGACCGACGCCUGGUGUGA